CUAUAAAUAGGGCUUCUCUCUUCUUUCUCUCAUUCUUCAACGCAGUAACCUCCCUCCGUUUCUCUCUCCACCUUGAGCUACUGCUAGGGUUUUUUUUUCUUUAAUGAUUGCGUGAGGCAGAAGUUUGGUAUAUUAGCGUUUUCUUGAGAUUUUCUUGGUCGUGUCGGAGUCUUGAAAUGGGGAAGAAAGAUCAGAAAGAGAAAGAGAGAGUUGAAGCUGUACUUGAGCUUCUCAGAAAGCAAGCUCCACUUACUGUGAAACAGGAGAAGUUUUGCAACAACGCUUGUGUGGAACGGUUUCUGAGAGCGAAAGGUGAUAGUGUGAGGAAGGCUGCGAAGCACUUGAGAGCUUGCCUUUCUUGGAGAGAGAGCAUUGGAACUGAGCAUUUGAUCGCGGAUGAGUUCUCCGCAGAGCUCGCUGAAGGCGUCGCUUACGUCGCAGGCCACGAUGAAGAGUCAAGACCCGUAAUGAUUUUCCGAAUUAAGCAGGACUACCAGAAGUUUCAUUCACAGAAACUAUUUACUCGUUUGCUGGUUUUUACACUGGAGGUGGCGAUUCAAACCAUGCCUAGAAACGUCGAGCAAUUCGUCCUCCUCUUUGACGCAGGCUUUUUCAGAUCGGCUUCGGCUUUUAUGAAUUUAUUGCUGACUGCACUGAAAAUUGUAGCCGAAUAUUACCCCGGUCGGCUUCACAAAGCUUUUGUCAUCGAUCCUCCCUCGCUUUUCUCUUAUCUGUGGAAGGGCGUUCGACCGUUCCUGGAGUUAUCUCCGGCGACGAUGGUGGUUUCUUCGCUGGACUUUGAGGAGUCUCUGGAGUUCAACGACUUCUCAUCGUAUCCGCGAGCCUCGUCGCUCCGGUUUGACCCCUCUUCGAUACCGUCGACGGCGAAGAUCGGGUCAUGCUCAUCCUCACGAUUUUCAUUCACAGUUUCCCACCACUUCGACUCUUUGAAACCCUGGUACCUCUCAUUGGCCGACACGUCAGGUUCGAAAGUUGGGCCCACCAGCCCCUCACCUUCUAUGCUGGGACCGGCCCUGAUUUCCCCACUCAACGCCAGAUCACUCUCCUUCGCAUCUCCUGCUGCCAGGACGCCACGCGGAGGCAUCCACGGCGGCAGCGCCAGGCCGGCCAAGAAAAGCCUAUUUGCUUCGACUCCACUGCCGGAGCGAACCAAUUACGGCAAAAACGACGCCAUGAGCAUCAACCAUCCGAGGACCCCAAGGCCAUCCUUCCUCCAAUCACCCGCACUGUUCUUCAGGAAGGAGUGCCACGUCAGCAGGGCCGACAAGUCUCGUGAAUCGUUUCUUCCCUUUUUGAAGUUCUACAGGAGGCCGUACGACGAGAUGAUUUACAGGUCGAAGAUGAGGCCCCCACUUGGUGGCCUCAUUUCCAUCGUCUCUCCUCAGCUCAAACGCCGCCACAUGUCAGUAUCUCAGCGGUUUUGAAACAAAGAUGACUUGAGAAAAGAAAAGAAAAGUACAUAUUAAAUUAACAAGACACCACUGCUAAUAAUUGAUUUAUUAAUAUUUCCCCUAAACGUACCCACAACAGUUGAUUGGUGAAAAAAAAAAAAAAGACUACGUGCUAGGCGGGGUGUGAGAGAGUGUGCACCAUGUCCCAUUUUGAGCUGUGUGGCCUUGAGUCUACGAAGCAUGGGAACAAGAUAGCGUGGUCGAGACGGCGAACACUGCAUUGGAAAUCAUUUUGGUUGGAAAUCAAGAAGUUUCCAAGAAAAAACGAAGCUCGGAAAAAUCUCUGUUUCAAUUCAAAUUCUCAAUAUUUCCUUUUAUUUUUGCUUUUCUUUUUUUCUUCCUUCCCUUGUGAAGAUGGUAGUUUAUUAAUCUGUGAUGUGCUUGGUGAGACUUCUGUUUAUAAUAAAAAAAGACCCAGAGUUUGAAGACUUUCA